AUGAUAAUUUUAAUUACGCCCGAAUGAAUUCGAAACUUCCUCGUUCGAUAAAAUAAUAAAAGAAGUUUAACUGUCUGGUUUCGCGUCGCUGAAGUGAAACGUGUCGUCGCGUGAAAAAACACGCGUGAUUUAAUAUUCGAGGUUGAAUCUUUUCCUGGCCAUUGCGCUCGCGGUAUUGCUAAAGGAAGGGAAUCGAAACCGACAGUUUCCGGCUGUGAUACCACGCGAGAAAGAGCUGUAAAAUGAAAAUUGAGAGCAAAGUUUGAUCGACGAUGAUACGUCCGGAUCGUUGACUGCGGAAGUCUGGAGAUUUCCAACUCUGACGACUCGACUAUAAAAAUCGAAUCUUGAAGAAAAUUCGACGUUGAAGACUUUAAGCGUACGAAACCGUAUGAACGGGACGUUUCACGGGACAUCCGGUAAUUCCGGCGCUUCCCUUGGGUUCGUUGAUAAAAUCAGGCCACUUUCACUGCAAAACGGUUAAUUUACGAGCAAAACCAGCACGCAGCGUGACCAGCAGCAACGAGAGAACGAAAGGACGAUGACGGGGAAGAAGAAAGAAGGAGGUCGACGUUCGCUUUCUUCUCAUCGGGUUAAUUGAGCGCAUCCGAACGUCCUGGUGACAAAAGAUGGCUUCUGUAAUUAGAGGAAAAGUAACGCGAGGACGGCGGGGAGCAGAAGUGAAACGACUUAAACGGAAGCGCGUAGGAGGUUGAAUUUCGUUCGUUUCUCGCGUGCAUUAGCCGUCGCGCGCUACAACUAGAGGACCUUGGAGAAGGAAAAUAAAUAAUACCGAGUGGCCUUCGUAGUCGACCGCGAGAGAGAAGUUAAUUGCUCUCAGCGAGUUCCAGCUACCGUCGUUCGAAAAUAAUAUAUCCCGUGAGAUCGGUGUAAUGGCAAUGUUACACGGCACCACGACCUCGUUCUUGACCCUCAAAAAAUACAACCACUUUGAAGCAAUAUUCUUCAGAUAUUAACAUUUAAUUUGAUGUAUCAUAAGUGCCAUUUCAUGAUACUUUCCUGCCAUGAAAUCGUAUGCAAUAAAAAUCAUCCAUCCCUUCGAGGGGAUUCUCUUCGCUUACGAUAAUGAUAAUUAAAAUGACUUUGCGCGUGACUUUGCGUUCGUUUCACCUUCGAUAUGACCUUCGAAGUUCAUUGAAUACCAUUAUGACGAAGCGUGCACCUUGAAAAGAAGCCAUCAGGAAAAGAGGAUGUUCAAGCGUCUGUCAAAAUCGCGCCGCCACAGCGCGGACGACGUGGCCCUUUCGUUGUCCAGCCCGACGACCCUGGACGAGCCACCCGGGACGUCUACGUCGCGGGACAACUGUCCAACCAUCGCUUCUGCCGCCCUGCUGAGGGUUUCGAGGACGAAGUACAGCAGAAGGAGUUGCGGGGACACGAGUGCCGUACAGGCUUUGCUGUCCAGCAAGCAGGAGCAGGAGCAGGACGUGGUCGAGGCCGAUUAUCAAAUGGUCACGGCCGUGCCCGCGUUCAUCGUCGAACACGAGCCCGAGAAACAGCGAGGCUCGAGCUUCGGGGUAUGGGGUCGCAGGAUGAGCAAGAAGAUAGACUCGUUCCGGCGGGCUGGUUCCCGCGAAACGAUCUGCUCCAUUUCCGAGAAACCCGACAGCACGAACAACAACAACAACAACAAUAACUGUACCGCGAGUAACAACAACAUAGCUCAGAAACAAGAUAAAACACUGCCAGAUUUCAAGCUAGACUCUAAGUCAGAAAAGAGAAUACCGGGAACCUUUCAUAGAUCACCAUCACCUUUCAAGUCCUUCUUCAUCCGCAUGGGGUCUACCGGGAUGCUGAAUUCCGCGAGAAGUAACAGGCGUUCGCAAAACAUCGACGACAGACUGAAGACGAACGAGAAAGAGAAUCUCUUCAGAAGCUGCAGCACCAGCCAACUGAACACCAGUCCAACCUAUGUGAAGGGAGACGACCCUUCGGAAGGGAUAGACCUGCAGAUCUCUAGUCGCAAGGAUAAGACAGUGUCUUGUGACAAUUUGGCCGGACGUCAAAACGACGACAUGUUCGACGAGCAUAACGACCCUGCUUCCUUGUAUACCUUGGGAAGUCCUUCCAUGACCAGCUUUAGCCCCUGCGAUUUCGAUCAAUCCCGGACCGAAUCGGCGAUGAGGAAGAGCAGUAGCUGCGAUUUCAAGGAGGCCAAAAAGUCCAGCUUCCCCUACGCCUUCUUGCGAUCCAAACUGUCCGUCCUACCCGAGGAACGUCACAGCACGUUCGCGUCGAAAGACGAACGACUGUUCAAGACUGCCUCCGAAGAGCACUUCCCAACGCUGAAGGUGGAAGAUGCGUACACCGGCACCACGACGUUGGGACGUCGCCGCGCCAGGAACGGGAACCUGACCAGAGUAAGUUCCAGCAAGUGUCAGGAGGCGUCGAGCUCGAAGUCCAGCCGGAAUUCGUACGCGGAAUUCCGGAGGAGUUCGAGCAGAUGCGAGGACAGGUACAGCCUGAACUCUAGCCAUCUGGAGAGGAUCGAGGACAACUUCCAGCAGGAGGACGCCGGUUGCUACGGCUCCUACGAUAGCAGUCCGAUGUCCAGGCAGCAGGACAACACCAGUCAGGACAGAGUGGACUUCGUUGGAAGAAUGAACGAUCCCAGAUUUUCGGAAACGUCCUCGUUGAACGUAGACAUCGAUAUGGUGGCCACCCUGAGGAAUCACAGAAGGAAUUCCGCACCCAGUGGCGAACAGAGGCUCUCAUCUCACUAUGUCAGCUCGAACGAGUCCGGGUACGACAGUGACGGACCAAGAGGAGAGUCCGCAGCCGCAUCUGAGAACGAAGGGUUAAGUUUGAAGUGUACGGACAGCUCGGACACCAGCAGCGUGGUGGACUCGGAGCUGGAGAAACCCAUCAGGAGCUCCACUCCCAGCGAGUGCCAUGAACAGGAGAACGAUACCAGGACAAGGAAGAAUUCCGAGGAUGGCCGAGCUGGGAGUUCAGAGCUAAACGACGGAAUUGAUGGUCUCAGGUGGCACCAGAGCAACUCUGGGAGGAUGCUACCCAGCAUCCAUCAAACCUACGACGACGUGGCUAUGAAUUCCCAGUUUCCUGUCUGUGGAAAUGGGUUACAAAGUUCUCACAAAACCCUGGACAUCUCGCCGCAUCGAAUGAGACUGCAGCAGGACAAGAGCAGGUUCCUCAGCGACAUCAUCCAGCCCCCGAAGAGGGUCAGGAGGUGUCGACUGGUGCAGCUUCACAAGAGGGACCCUAAGGAGAGCCUGGGUAUCCGGUUGGCCCAACAGCGCUUGGGGGAACUGAGAUAUAUUGUCGUGCAGCUAGAGAGCGAUGGAAUAGCGCAUAGAGACGGCAGGUUGAGGCUAGGCGACGAGAUCGUGGAGGUUGAGGGCAAGGAGCUGAAGACCCUGGAAAGCCUUGAAGAGGUCCAGGAGUUCCUGAGGUCUUUCACGGGUAACAAGAUACAUUUGAUGACCGCCUAUGAGGAGACUGUGCCCCAGGUCUACGUCAGUCCACCCACGUUACCCGGGGAGUACGAGUACCUGGAGAAUGCGAAGAAUCUUUCCAAUCUCUCACUGAUCGACGGCGAAACGAAACAAGUAUUGGAACAGUCCACUGCUAAGAGCAGCAAUGAUGGAAACCAGUCGACGAAGAGGCCAGACUUUCUGCCACUUUCCUGUUUGUCCAAGGAACGAAAAGGCACCGAAAGUAAUCUGGAGUCAUCGACGGAGCCGCAACACUACUUGACGAGGCACAUUGCCAAAUUCGAGAAGGGUUACGGAAAACCGAGCCUGGGGUUCAGUGUCGUAGGGGGCAGAGACAGCCCUCGGGGCGAGAUGGGGAUCUUCGUCAGGAGGGUAUUCCCUGGUGGUCAGGCUGACGUCUCCAAGUCACUAUUUCAAGGUGACGAAAUUCUAAGCUUGAACGGAAAAGUGUUGCGUGGUUACACCCAUCAGGAAGUAAUUGAAUUGUUUAAAGCUGUAAGGGAGGGUCCUGUAGAGUUGGAAAUUACAAGGAGACACAGGUAUCCAAAAAAUCCGCAAAAAUCCGCGCCAUGCUGAAAGGGAGGCGUCGUGGACGAAUCUGCCCACCGGAAGUGCUCUUUCGUAUCAAUUCUAAGCGUACGUUUCGCUGCCAACGAAGUUUUAGGAUUCUAGUCUAUAUCAGAACGAAUCUUCGAUCUUUCAUGAUGUUUGUUUCAAUUAAUUUAUUUAACGCGGUGUCGCGGUUGCAUAGUGAAUAAGUUUAUUAUCAAAUGUUUAUUAUUAUUGAUACUAUAUUGAUUAUUAUAUAUAUUAUUAUUAUUACUAUAAGAUUUUAUACAGAUACGUUAUAGCAGCGUGAAAUUCACUGUAUGCGAUUUCUUUUUUUAUUAUUAUAGAGGACAAUAAAAAGGUCGUAAUUUUAAGGACGUCAUCUUAGUUAUUAAAUAAUCAUUUUAUUUCAAAGAAAUUUUACAAAUUUACAGUAUGUACAGGUCCCGAAAUUAUUUUUACAACGAUCAGGGGUUUCUUCUUUUUUUUUAUACAUUUCUUCAGGCGUCAACGAGCAAUAGGUCUGCGCACGACUUGGCCUUCGUUGUCCUGGAACACAUUAUUAAAUAAAA